CCGGCCGCCUAGUCAAGCUCGGCCCGGCUCCCGCCCAGCAGCGCCCGCCGCGGUCCGCUCGCCGCCCCGGGCAGGUUCCGUGUCGACGCUGGCAGGUCGUGAGCGAGACACUGCCUCUGAGCUUGGCGAGGCUCCUUAGGAGGCAGAGAGGCUUGGACCGGCAGACGCCCGCCCACGGCGCGUCCUCCACUCCGGGCUGUGACCUCUCCGCCCGGGGCGCUGCAGAGCCAUGGCGACCGAGGAGAAGAAGCCGGAGACGGAGGCCGCCCGAGCACAGCCCACCCCGUCAUCCUCUGCCACACAGAGCAAGCCCACGCCGGUGAAGCCGAACUAUGCUCUUAAGUUCACCCUGGCCGGCCACACGAAAGCUGUGUCCUCCGUGAAGUUCAGCCCCAACGGGGAGUGGCUGGCGAGCUCGUCUGCAGAUAAACUCAUUAAGAUUUGGGGAGCGUACGAUGGGAAAUUUGAGAAAACCAUCUCUGGCCACAAGCUGGGCAUAUCCGACGUGGCCUGGUCGUCAGAUUCUAACCUCCUUGUUUCCGCCUCAGAUGACAAAACCCUGAAGAUCUGGGACGUGAGCUCGGGAAAGUGUCUGAAAACCCUCAAGGGGCACAGCAAUUACGUCUUUUGCUGUAACUUCAACCCCCAGUCCAACCUCAUCGUCUCGGGCUCCUUUGACGAGAGCGUGCGGAUAUGGGACGUGAAGACAGGGAAGUGCCUCAAGACCUUGCCGGCCCACUCAGACCCCGUCUCGGCCGUUCACUUUAAUCGAGACGGAUCCUUGAUUGUUUCCAGCAGCUAUGAUGGCCUCUGUCGGAUCUGGGACACUGCCUCGGGCCAGUGCCUGAAGACGCUCAUCGAUGACGACAACCCCCCCGUGUCCUUCGUGAAGUUCUCUCCGAACGGCAAGUACAUCCUGGCCGCCACCUUGGACAACACGCUGAAGCUCUGGGAUUACAGCAAAGGCAAGUGCCUGAAGACGUACUCGGGCCACAAGAACGAGAAGUACUGCGUGUUCGCCAACUUCUCCGUCACCGGGGGGAAGUGGAUCGUGUCAGGCUCGGAGGACAACCUUGUCUACAUCUGGAACCUGCAGACCAAGGAGAUUGUGCAGAAGCUUCAGGGCCACACAGACGUCGUCAUCUCGACGGCGUGCCACCCGACGGAGAACAUCAUCGCCUCGGCCGCCCUGGAGAAUGACAAGACCAUCAAGCUCUGGAAGAGCGACUGCUAGGCCCGAGGUGCCGGGCGCUGCCGGGAGGUCCACCCUCUUGGAGAGGCUCCUGGUCCAGGCCCGGGGGCCAGUGGGGCUUGGGCCUGAGCUGCCCCUGAAGAAACUUGGCUGGGGCGUGUCUCCCACUUGAGGGUCUGGAAGUUGCUGGUGACGUUUUUGCCGACUCCUUUCUCACCGUCCGGGGAAGAGUUCCCAGUCUGUAUUGUGUUCAGAGUCCACAGAAAUAUUGUGUUCAGAGAGUCCACAGAAAUUUUUAAUUUUUUAUUACAAAAAGGUGAAGUUCAAUUUGUCACGAGUUGUGUUUCUUUCCGGUCACUAUUCUGUACCAUUUUUGCGAUUUCAUCGCCCGGCGCCAGCGCUGUGACCGUCACCAGCACCGGCUCUGGCUGCCAGUGUCAGAGGGCCGUCCCUCGUGUGUUCAGUGGCGCUCUGGUGACAGUGUCCUGCCCGUGACCACGCGUCCCGAGUCUGUCUGGGGAGCACAGAGUGCACACUGCGUGAUGUCCAUGGAAAGCCUGUGCUUUGAGGUCGUUGCCCCCGUGAUGCUGGCGUGGGGACCACCCUCAGUGCUUCCGUUGGUCCCACGGCUGGUCACACGACAAGCAGCACCCUGAGCCGUGCUGAAGGCAGCCGAGCUCUCACCUGGCGCUCUUCUCCGCAUGGCUCUUUUACAAGAAGUCUCACAGUCAGCAGGAGGUUGAAAGGAUUUCUGGCAGAUCCCCUGAACGCCGUGUCCACUCUCCAUCCUGUGGAGCCCAGGACCGCAGAGGACUAGCCAGUGCCCUGCCGGCUCCCGGCACGUAGGUGUGGGGCUGUGGGCAGGCGGUGGGGUUCCUCGUUGCAGAGACGCCCAGGCCCCUGCGAUGUCUCGUGGUCCAUGGCAGACGCUGGCGAGGGCAGGGGCGGGCAGUCCUGGUCUGGUCCCCCCGCCACCAGCCUCAGGACGGGUGGGCUCGGGAGCUGGCUUCUCACAGGGAGAUGGUGUCAUCCACCCGCCUUGCCCACCUGGGCUCUGAUCAGGGGCCUCUCCCUGCCAGCGGGCCCUUGGGAAUUGGGGGCGCUGACUGCAGGGCAGCGCGGUCAGGGAGCUGCUGCCGUUCACGGGGGCCCCUCCCUGCAGCGGGUCCACCUGGCAUCCCGAGGCCUCUGCGGUGGAGGCGUGUCCCCUGCUUGGGUCCAGUGGCGAGGCCAGUCCUCGGCCUCCAGGGAGCUCUGCAGAUGAGGAAGCAGGAGGCCGCCGCCCAGCGGCCGCUGUGGCACCGAGGACAGUCACAGGCGUCAGGGGACCACCCCGCUACUCUCCCCCAGCCUCCCCUUCAGAAGCAGAAACACCGAUGGCUCGGCUGCCGUAGGAAUGAACCGUUCCAGCGCAGGGACCCCCGAGGCUGCAGAGCCUGAGCGUCGGCGGGAGACGCUGAGGCCGCAUGGCGGUGGUGGCCUUGGUUUUCCCUCGACCAAGGUUGAGGUUCUUUGGGUUUUGUUGGUUCUGGUGUCGGACUCGCCCCGGGGCAGGGGCAUGUGUGCAGAGUGCCGUG